CCAGUGCGCCGGGGAUCGCGCGGAUGGCGGCGCUGGCGGCCCUGGCCAAGAAGGUGUGGAGCGCGCGGCGGCUGCUGGUGCUGCUGCUCACGCCGCUGGCGCUGCUGCCGGUGGUCUUCGCCCUGCCGCCCAAGGUCUGCUCUCCCCGCAGGAGGGCCGCUGCCUGCUGGUGAUCCUGCUCAUGGCCGUGUACUGGUGCACCGAGGCCCUGCCCCUGUCCGUGACAGCGCUGCUGCCCAUCGUCCUCUUCCCCUUCCUGGGCAUCCUGCCCUCCAGCACCGUCUGCGCCCAGUACUUCCUGGACACCAACUUCCUCUUCCUCAGCGGUCUGAUCAUGGCCAGCGCCAUCGAGGAGUGGAACCUGCACCGCAGAAUCGCCCUCCAGGUCCUGACGCUCGUGGGAGUCGAGCCCGCCAGGCUCAUUCUGGGGAUGAUGGUGACCACCUCGUUCCUGUCCAUGUGGCUGAGCAACACCGCCUCCACCGCCAUGAUGCUGCCCAUUGCCAACGCCAUCCUGAAGAGUCUCUUCGACCAGGAGGCUCAGAAGGACCUCAGCUGGGAAGGUGAUGAGAACACAGCUGCGCUGCGGAGGAACGGCCUGCACACUGUGCCCACCGAGAUGCGCUUCCUGGCCAGCACGGAGGACAGAGGCCACCCUGAAGAGGUGGAGGCACCCCUGGAUCUGCCGGCUGACUCCAAGAAGGAGGAGGAGUAUCGCAGGAACAUCUGGAAGGGCUUCCUCAUCUCCAUCCCCUACUCAGCCAGCAUCGGGGGCACGGCCACCCUCACGGGCACAGCCCCCAACCUCAUCCUGCUGGGCCAGCUCAAGAGCUUCUUUCCACAGUGCGACGUGGUGAAUUUUGGUUCCUGGUUCAUUUUCGCCUUGCCGCUCAUGCUGCUGUUCCUGUUGGUGGGCUGGCUCUGGAUCUCCUUCCUGUACGGGGGACUGAGUCUGAGGGGCUGGAGGAAGAAGAAGUCGGAGCUAAGAGCCGAUGCAGAGGAUAAGGCUCGAGCAGUGAUCCGGGAGGAAUUCCAGAACCUGGGUCCCAUCAAGUUUGCCGAGCAGGCCGUUUUCGUCCUGUUCUGUGCCUUCGCCAUCCUCCUCUUCUUCCGGGACCCGAAGUUCAUCCCUGGCUGGGCCAGCCUCUUCACCCCCGGGUUUGUUUCUGAUGCUGUCACCGGUGUGGCCAUUGUCAUCAUCUUGUUCUUCUUCCCGUCCCAGAGACCCUCUCUCAAAUGGUGGUUUGACCUCAAAGCUCCCAACACGGACACGGAGCCCUUGCUGACCUGGAAGAAGGCGCAGGACACGGUACCCUGGAACAUCAUCCUCCUGCUGGGCGGGGGCUUCGCCAUGGCCAAAGGCUGUGAGGAGUCGGGGCUGUCGGCGUGGAUCGGAGGGCAGCUGCACCCCCUGGAGAGCGUGCCCCCGGUGCUGGCCGUGCUGCUCAUCACCGUGGUCGUCGCCUUCUUCACUGAGUUCGCCAGCAACACGGCCACCAUCAUCAUCUUCCUGCCCGUCCUGGCCGAGCUGGCCAUUCGCCUGAGAGUGCACCCACUGUACCUGAUGAUCCCGGCCACGGUCGGCUGCUCCUACGCCUUCAUGCUCCCGGUCUCCACGCCCCCCAACUCAAUCGCCUUCGCCUCUGGACACCUGCUGGUCAAAGACAUGGCACGGACAGGCCUCCUGAUGAAUGUGAUGGGCGUCCUGCUGCUCAGCGUGGCCAUGAACACCUGGGCACAGAGCAUCUUCCAGCUGGGCACCUUCCCGGACUGGGCCAACGCCCACUCGGCCAACAUCUCAGAACUGCCACUCAACUUGACCAACAGCACGUUUCGGACCCUCUGAGCCUUCCUGGGGGAUCCCCUGUGGGCUGAGCCCUCCCAGAGGACGGUCACCAUGACUUGCUGCUAGGACCCUACAGGGUGAUCAAGCAAUUCUUCUUUGUAAUCCAGGAUGCAGCAGAGCAAGGGUGACCUCCCGGGUCCACUUGGGCCACAGGUCCUGUGGGCUAUGAUACCUUCCCUUCCCUCAUGCAGUUCAAGGCCCCAUAACUCCCAGGUCUGCUGCCUGAGAACAAGCUCCGGGGUCUGUGAGCUGUUCCGCGGGUGGGACGUAAGAGAGCCCGACUUCAGCCCCACUAAGCAACUCGAGAAUGGUGUUUGUCUUGUACGCUGGGACGAGAGGCCAUCCAGCCCAAGAGCACAGCCAACCGCGUCCCCGCUGGACUGCGGUAGGUGUCUCUGGAGAGACCAUCUCCUCUCUAAGGACUCGUCUGCUGGAGAGGCUUUGAGGCGGCCAAGUCCUAGGUCAGAUGCUGACGCUGUUCCCGACUGGGUGGGUUCUGCUUGGCUGGUGCCCAUUCCGGGCACCUGUUUGGCUAUCACCCCUGGAAAAACCCAACAGGCAGAGGUUGUUUCCAGUCCCUAGAGAUGGGAGGAACUCAUGGCUUCCAGAGGCCAUCGGGACUGUGCACAGCCCCCUGCUGUUUCUCUAGGCUCCGAACUCCCCCAGGGAGUCUGUGAAGCCCCAGCAUCUCCGCCCCGGGGCUCCCGCGCUCUCCUCUUUAACCUGAUUCAGUUUGGCCAUAAUUCUGGGGUCAGGCCAAGCCUGGGCGCUGCCCUCUCACAGAUGAUCCACUGCCCCGCCACCAAGACCCUCCUGCGUGUGGCCCCCACAGGCCUCUGGCUGGGCGUCACCACCCAUUUCUUGUCCCUGAAACUGGCUGUUAUCUCCCCACCCCCACCCAGGUGGUAAGCAUGUUUAUUCAGCAAAGACCACAUUUUGCAGGCAGGAGAGAAAAGUCAAAAGAUAAAUCAGGGCCUUGUAGAUGGCCAGGGUAAAAUGGCUCUGGCCGGCACAGGGGGAAUGGAGACCUCCCUACGCAGGUGGCGGGGCUGGGGAGGUGGAGGGUGGCAGCCUUCCUGGGUCCGGUGGAGGCAGCCUGGGAACAGCAGCAGGCGCUGGAGGAGGGUGGGGUCAGCCAGCACCAGCAGAGGCACCCGUGGGGGGCCGGAACCUCCCACUUCCCCUUCCUGCUCCCUGAGGGCUGAGAGGGCUGCCAGCACCCAGGACAAGCUCCCACACGCUGGAGCGAGUCAGAGGUGUCUCCCGAGAGCAGGGCGGGGGCCCCCUGAGCUGGGGGCUGGGCUCCGCUUCCUUCCCAGGGGAGCAGUCAGUAUUUAGCUGAGUGUCAGCCGCUGGGGCUGGCGGUGGGAGGCUCCUGCAGAGACACCCAUGGACUUGUAACCAGAGGCAUCAUGAUUCAAACACUUCUGAUCAAAAAUGCUACAAAAUAAAGAAU